GUCGUCGCGGUACAUUCGUUAGAUUUACCCGUCCAUUCGUAAAAAAGUCUGUUAUAACAGAAAAACAAAAAAAAUGUUUAUUUCGCGUGCGGCGUAUGUUACGCUGGUGUGCGUUCUUGCAGCGGCCAAAGACUUACCGCAUCCACUCUCCGAUGAAUUCAUCAACACGAUUAACCUAAAGCAAAAUAGUUGGAAGGCGGGACGUAAUUUUCCGCGCGACACAUCGUUCGCGCAUCUUAAGAAAAUAAUGGGAGUUAUCGAGGAUGAACAUUUUGCGACCCUGCCAAUAAAGACUCAUAAAAUCGAUUUAAUCGCCAGUCUGCCGGAAAACUUCGAUCCCAGAGACAAAUGGCCUGACUGUCCAACGUUGAAUGAAGUCAGAGAUCAAGGGUCUUGUGGCAGUUGUUGGGCUUUCGGUGCCGUCGAAGCUAUGACAGACAGAGUAUGUACCUAUUCUAACGGAACUAAACAUUUUCAUUUUUCUGCCGAGGAUUUGCUUAGUUGCUGCCCUAUUUGUGGACUGGGAUGCAGCGGAGGAAUGCCGAGACUAGCUUGGGAAUAUUGGAAGCACUUCGGUCUAGUAUCAGGAGGUAGUUACAAUUCCAGUCAAGGUUGCAGACCUUACGAGAUCCCUCCGUGUGAACAUCACGUACCCGGCAACAGGAUGCCCUGUAGCGGUGACACGAAGACUCCAAAAUGCACAAAAAAAUGCGAAUCUGGAUACGACGUUAAUUACAAACAAGACAAACAAUACGGAAAACAUGUAUAUACUGUGUCCGGAGACGAAGACCACAUCCGCGCGGAAUUGUUCAAGAAUGGUCCCGUCGAAGGUGCUUUCACAGUAUAUUCAGAUUUGCUGUCGUACAAGAGUGGUGUAUACAAACACACACAAGGGGACGCUCUCGGCGGGCACGCCGUCAAGAUAUUAGGCUGGGGUGUCGAAAAUGAUAACAAAUAUUGGCUUAUUGCAAACUCGUGGAACUCAGAUUGGGGAGACAAUGGCUUCUUCAAAAUUUUGCGCGGCGAGGAUCACUGCGGUAUUGAGAGCUCCAUUGUUACGGGUGAACCGUUCUUAGAUGAACACUAGGUAAUAGUUAAAAUCAAUAUUUUUAUAAUAAUCAUUUUACGUACCUUAAAUGGUGGAUUAAUUUUAAAAAUGUACAUUUAUAACUCAAUAAAAACUUUGAUCGUAA